UCAGUUGGUGAAUUCUUGGGACCAUUCCAAAGACGCGAAACGAUCUGCUACAAUGACAGAGUGAAGUAGAUCUGAAAUUUUGCGAAGGGUCAUAUUUCAGUUUUAUCGUGCCUAUACUAUCCCGAUUUCAAAAGCGAUGUGGUCUGACAAAAGGGCGCAGAUUGAAACCGCUAGAGAAACAGUGUCAAUUGCUGUUAGCAUAUAAAAUGAGGCCUCGAGUAUUCAGGCAGCAAAAAUCUGCACAUCCGAGUGACUACGAAUGGGUUGUGAUGAUGUGGAAAAGACGCAGCGAUACACGGCGAUCCAUUGCUUCGACUAGAUAUUUGUCAGUCAUCCGCUGAUCCAGUGAGCUAUGAUCAUCCUAGGACGUGCGAAAUGAACAGAAGCCUUACGAAAAAGGUGUUUGAGGCUGCGAGGACAACGACAGUCUGAGAAGGGGUAGCAAGUCAAGUCGGCACAAUGACGGUCUCGUAUCAAUAUGAGGUUGCUAGCUCAACUAGCGGGGGUUUUACUAGGCUGCUGCUCAUGUGGCGUGGAUCACUGUACAAACUGAUCUACAGGGAACUUCUACUCUUCCUGGUACUCUUCGCCAUUCUCUCAACCCUUUAUCGCAACGUAUUUACCGCCACCCAAAAAAGAGAUUUUGAACAGAUUGUGGUAUACUGUGACACUUUCAUCAGCUUGAUUCCUCUGAGUUUUGUGCUCGGAUUUUACGUAUCAUACGUCGCUGGUCGAUGGUGGGAACAAUACAUGGCCAUACCUUGGCCUGAUAAAGUGAUGCAUUCCGUGGCGCUUUAUGUGACUGGUAAUGACGAGUAUGGACGCGUACUGAGGAGGUCCUUAAUGCGCUACCUAAAUCUCUCCUUGAUUCUGGUCCUUCGGUCAAUCAGCUCAGCUGUUAAAAGGCGUUUUCCAACCCUCGACCACGUCGUCGAUUCAGGCUUUAUGACUGCUUUGGAAUUAGAGCUGUUCCAAUCCGUACCCAGUGUGGAGUUCAACACCUACUGGAUACCAUGCACGUGGUUUAUCAAUUUACUAAAGGAAGCACGUCAUAGUCAACGGUUGACAGAUUCGCAGGGCCUCAAGAUAAUAAUGGAGGAAUUUAACGAAUUUCGAUCCAAAUGCGGUCUUCUAUGGAGCUACGACUGGGUAUCAAUCCCAUUGGUGUACACCCAGGUCGUUACUUUGGCAACGUACAGCUUCUUCGCAAUUGCUCUCGUUGGUCGUCAGUAUAUAGAAGGAGCUAAAAAGCCCUUCCAAAUGCAAGUCGACAUUUACCUGCCACUUUUCACGAUUUUGCAGUUCUUCUUCUUCAUGGGGCUGCUCAAGGUUGCCGAGCAACUGAUCAAUCCAUUCGGAGAUGAUGAUGAGGACUUUGAGUUGAACUGGCUGAUCGACAGGCAUACGAAGGUUUCCUAUUUGGGCGUUGAUACUUUGAUGAUGAGGUGUCCACCAUUAGUCAAAGAUAUUUACUUCGACACCGAGGACUUGACGCUUCCGUACACUGAAGCAUCGGUUCCCUAUAAGAAGAAAACGUAUCGUGGAAGCGUUGCCAACAUGACGGUACCGGAAGAAAAACAAACCAUGUUUUUACCCGACAUUUCCGAAGAACUUGAAGAGACCGGAGCGACGUUACCGACACCGCGUGCAUCAUCAGCGAGCUUAGCUACUCACGCAACUGAUAGUCCUCUAAAUAACAGGCGCCAGAUCAGCGAGUCCCCUCCAGCUACUCCGCGAUUACCUCGAAACCUUUCUGAAACCAUUAUCCAGUUUGGUGAGGCUUCGAUCGAGUCGGAAAGAGAACACCGAACAAUAGCAGACGCUGUGAGAAAGCUCGCGUCAAAGUCUCUUUACAACGUUACGCCUCAAGCGGCGAAAAAGUCGUUUUUUGGCAGUGGAAAGGUCACGGCCAAUCUCCAGCCGUGGCCAAGCGCCACGAACAUUGCGCGGUACAACGCACAAAAUUCCGGAGACAUGCAGCUUUCCGCAAUGCCCGUACCUGCGGCCGAAACCAUAGACGUUAAUUAUACUCCACAGAGAAAAAGUUCCCUCAAGGUGAAGCAAUGCCCCCAUUAUAACGGGGGCGAGCAAUCUGCGCCCGUUGAGCAAGUUCGAAACGCGGUGCAAUGCGGUGUGCAGGGCAUCGUUAACACGGCGUUUUCCCAGGAGCGAUUGUCGCCUUGUAGCUACAAGAAGAGGGAGGAAAACAGUACCAACUGCAGUUGGGAUAGUGCUCAUGAUGAGAACAGUUUGGAAACGUGUAAAAAACAUUCGUGCGUGCGUCGCAAAAACUUUUGUCAACACAACACGGGCUCGCGGCCUCCUUUGCGCGCAAAUAACUCACCCAAGUAUCUUGUUCGACGGCACAAGUCGAUGGGGAGCGGUAAGAAAAAGGGUGUUCGGUGGAAAUCUGUCGUUGAUGAUACAGGCGAGCCGACCAAUCGGAGGAAAACCAUCGGCAGCGUUCCAACUGCUCAAAUAAUCAUCGCCCAGACGGCUGCAAGCACGCCGAAUCUCUGUGCUUUAAAUGAAAAUGAUAACAAGUGCCAGCGAAGAAACAGGGAUUCGGACACCUCAAGUGCCGAUUGCUCCUUGGAGCGUCCUGCAAGCGAUGAUAAUCAAGCCCACGAAAUACAGUCCAGAACGUCGUCGGACAAAAUUUUUCAAGUAUUCGAGAACUAGUUGGGUAAUUUUGGUUUCCAGGCUAUCCGUAUAAAUGUGCAACGUACUGAUAUCUUCCAAAUGCGAAACAGUACACGAUAGCGGGACUGACUAUAGUUGAUAGGGUGUAAAAUGUAUAGGUAUAAAAGACAAUCGAUCACGCUCUGCAAUUUUAUGAAGAAUUUAUACGAAUGUAUGGAAAAUCAAAGUGGUGAAAUCGAUUCUUUUUUUCAAUAGUAUACUUGAUAUUAUAGUUUUGCAAGAAUGUAUCGUAUAUGCAGACUGUGAGAGGACAAUAUAUAAUAAGGGAUAUUUUUACUGUGAACUCUUCCAUGAUAAUUUAUUAUCGUUCACACUUUGUCUCUGUAAACAGAUCGUAAGAUUUUCA